CUUUAGCGGAGGAGAAGUGAGUGAGCGGCCACCGUGCAACGUAAGUGGCUCGUUUCUGUAUCCGUCAAACAGAGAGGCCUCAGCGGAUAGAUUGAUUGGAUGUACCAGCCGUCUGACAACUGGACGUACGUAAAAUACAGCGCGGUUUGGGCUUAUUGAGCCUGCGCUAACAGAAAAAGAGGAGGUUCCCGAAUAGAGUCCUUUAUUUAUUUCUUUGUUUCCACUGUGGAAAAAUAAUAACAGCGACAUAUACCACAGGCACUUCAUUUAUUAUUUUUGUCCGUAUACACAAGAAAACUGGAUAAGAUUACAGUGGUUACUCGAAGGCCAAAGCCAAGGGGAGGAGGAUGAAGCGGCGCAAUGCGGACUGCAGCAAACUCCGACGGCCGUUGAAACGGAACCGAAUCACCGAGGGUAUAUACGGCAGUACCUUCCUGUACCUGAAGUUCCUGGUGGUGUGGGCAUUGGUGCUACUGGCAGACUUUGUACUGGAGUUUAGGUUCGAGUAUCUCUGGCCAUUCUGGCUCUUCAUCCGGAGUGUGUACGACUCCUUUAGAUACCAGGGGCUGGCCUUCUCAGUAUUCUUUGUGUGUGUGGCGUUUACCUCGGACAUCAUUUGCCUCCUCUUCAUCCCAGUGCAAUGGCUAUUCUUCGCUGCCAGUACCUAUGUGUGGGUGCAGUAUGUUUGGCACACAGAGAGAGGAGUCUGUCUGCCCACAGUGUCUCUAUGGAUACUCUUUGUGUACAUAGAGGCAGCCAUCAGAUUCAAAGACCUGAAGAACUUCCAUGUGGACUUGUGUCGUCCUUUUGCUGCACACUGCAUUGGCUACCCAGUGGUCACACUGGGCUUCGGCUUCAAGAGCUACGUAAGUUAUAAGAUGCGCCUCCGGAAGCAGAAGGAGGUGCAGAAGGAGAAUGAGUUUUACAUGCAGCUCCUGCAGCAGGCUCUGCCUCCAGAGCAACAGAUGCUUCAAAGGCAAGAGCGAGAAGCAGAAGAAGCAGCAGCAGCUAAAGGAAUAUCUGAAGUGGACACACCUCCAGUGUCACAGAAUGGCGCCCCAGCCAAUAAAAAGACAUCGGCACCACUGCCGGAACUGGAGUAUAGAGAAAAAGGGAAAGAGGGAAGGGGUGGCGGGGAGGCUAAAAAGCAGCACAACAGCAACAGCAUCCUGCCAUCAUCAGUGGACUCUAAACUCCAGGAGAUGGAGUAUAUGGAGAACCAUAUGAACAACAAGAGACUGACCACAGAGCUGGGCAGUACAGAGAACCUGUUGCUUAAAGAGGACAACAAUUCCUCCUGCUCCUCCUCCUCCUCCUCCUCCUCCAAAAACUACAAAAACGCCAGCAGCAAUGUGGCGACGCUCAACUCCUCACCCCGCGGCCAUAGUGCUACCAAUGGCAGCGUGCCCUCCUCUGCGCCAUCAUCAUCCUCUUCCACGGGGAAGAACGAGAAGAAGCACAAGUUAGCAGUGGGGAAGGGGACGUCAGGCGGCUCCCACAGGGAUCCAACAGACAACUGUAUCCCCAACAACCAGCUGAGCAAGCCAGAAGCACUUGUUAGAUUGGAGCAGGACGUUAAAAAGUUGAAGGCGGACCUGCAGGCCAGCCGGCAGGUGGAGCAGGACCUGCGCAGCCAGAUUGGCUCACUGGGCAGCGCUGAGCGCUCCAUACGCACCGAGCUGGGCCAGCUGCGCCAGGAGAAUGAGCUGCUGCAGAACAAGCUCCAUAAUGCUGUGCAGGCAAAACAAAAGGACAAACAGGCAGUGGGCCAACUGGAGAAGAGGCUCAAAGCAGAGCAGGAGGCUCGAGCCACCGCUGAGAAACAGCUCGCAGACGAAAAGAAACGAAAGAAGUUAGAGGAGGCCACAGCAGCCAGAGCAGUAGCACUAGCAGCAGCAUCCAGAGGGGAGUGCACAGAAACGCUGCGGCGGCGGAUCACUGAAUUAGAAACGGAGUGUAAGAAACUAACAAUGGAUAUCAAGCUUAAGGAGGACCAGAUCCGAGAGCUUGAAUUGAAAGUGCAGGAGCUUCAUAAAUAUAAGGAGAAUGAAAAAGACACAGAGGUGCUGAUGUCAGCGCUGUCAGCAAUGCAGGACAAGACCCAGCACCUGGAGAACAGCCUGAGUGCAGAAACCAGGAUCAAACUGGACCUCUUCUCUGCACUGGGAGAUGCCAAGAGACAGCUGGAGAUCGCACAAGGUCAAAUCCUGCAGAAGGACCAGGAGAUUAAAGACCUGAAGCAGAAGAUAGCCGAAGUGAUGGCCGUCAUGCCCAGCAUCUCCUACACAGCCGACACCAGCAGCAUGACCCCCGUGGCCCCCCACUACUCCUCCAAGUUCAUGGACACCAAUCCCUCCGGCCUAGACCCCAACGCCUCUGUUUACCAGCCACUCAAAAAGUGAACGCUUCGCCCUGCCCCUCCUUCCCUUCCCUCCCUCCCAUUCACCCCUCCAUCCACACCCCCAUCAUUUUUAUUUUACCUGCAGGCCCCGCCACCUUCCAAUCUGCUCGGCAUGUCUGCGGCUGAGAACGUUGUUUUUUCUCUUGGGGGUUUUUGUUCUCUCCUCGCCAGGUCAGAAGGAUGUUGUAUUGUGUGACUGUAUUUGUUGUAGUUAAAACAAAAGACAAAAAAAAAACUUAAAAUGGACAUCACAUGUCAACUAGGAAGUCCCAGUUUUUUUUCUCUUAAGUGUCUAGUGAAACCUCACAGAAUCGGGUAUGUAUCUUCAUCUCAAGGGUGUUGCUCUCCCCUUCCCAUCACCACUGCAACCACCUGCAACCAGUUACCUGCUCUUUGGUCCUGGGGAAUAGCUGCUUUAUUUUAUUUUUUGGUUGACCCCCAGCAAAAAAAAAAAAAAAAAUCGGAAAACAGAGUUCUCCUUCAUCAUACAGCCUAACUUGUAUCCCAGUUUCUUUGACAGAUUGCUUUUCUCCCAAAGUAGUACGGCAACAUCUGUAAAAUCAGAGGAAUGUAGUGCAAAGUUGGCACAGACUCCCGCUCCUGUUACGUUCAAUUUAUCCUUUCAAUCCACAAUCUGACAUCAAAUUAACCCUGCUCAGAGCUGCUUAGGGGUUUGGUGAUAAAUAUUUUGUGUACUUUAUGGUUCUAUUUGUUCACUCUUUUGUUGAUUUCAACAAGUUGGAAAAGAUCCUGUGUUGUAAACAGAAACAAAGACCUUGAAAUGAAAUGAAUCCAAGCAGCUCCAAAUGUUCGGCAUCUGUGAAAACAGCAAUUUGGUUUCCCUCACUCUCUUUUCUGAAAGUUGAAGGAGCGCAGAAAGAGAAGACUGAGCACGUAAGUGUACAGCUUCUCUGCACUCUGCAUAGUCUUUCAUCAGUUGUCGUGAUCACAGUGCCUUGAGUUGAGGACAUAGAGUGAGUGUGAUAAUGAAAAAUAGCCCAGCCCUUCUGAAUUAGUUGUGAAGCAUCUGGCUAAGCUGGAAUGGAUAAGAAUUUGACCCCAUCCAGUUAAGUGGGACAAAGUUGCCUUAGGAGACUGAUUUGGUUUUCGGGCUCCCUGCUGAUUUCCACACUGGUGGGGAAGCUGAUCCAUCGUGUACACUCAAAGGCAGCUCUGUCCCUCUCUAUACAAGUGACAUUUAACAGAUCCAGCAGCCAGCACCAAAUCCAACACUUUUAAUUGUACUCCUGUUUGCCAAUUGUCAGUAUGUUGACAUAGUUCGCCACCACAGAGUCUAUGCACACAGGUCUCUGGCUUGUCACAUGUCUGCACACAGAAGCUCAUCUACAGUACACGGCUGUUAAACUCCAAAUCCCUCAGUUGAGCUAUUGCCCCCUCUUUUCAUUUUUUUGAAUACCAAUUUAAAAAGUUGCACUGUAGAAAACACAUGCUGUUUGAAAGGGAAAACUGUAACGAUGGACAGUGCAAUGUACACAAAAGCUUUGGAAAUGCCAACUUGAAUAUAGCAGUUAAAUAAUUUUAUUUAAUUAAUCUUCCACUUCAGUUUGUGUGCCAAGACUGGAAUGCUCAUUUCUCUAGUAAUGUGUUCAAGAAUGUACCGCAAAUACAUUGGCUGACAUUUUUUGUCAAAUAUCCAGUUGAAUAUCACUUAAUGGAAGUUUCUGUUAAGCAGGUAGAAAAAGUGCUCACCUGCUUGUAGUAGACUGUGUAGUGAAAAGUAAGGGACUAGAAAGUCAAAUUUCUUUUUGUGAAUGUUACAGUAUUUACAACUGUUGGGCAAGUGGCUGUUUUAAAGCAGUUUUCCUUACUCCUGUUUCUGGUAUUAUUGUUAAUUUUCCUGCAGGGAGAAAAUCGCUUGAGACUGAUGUGGUUUCACCAGCAUCUAAAAUGAUCAUUGUUGUGCGUGUGGUUAUGGAGAAGCUUUUUUUUUUUUUUUUUUUUUUUUUUUUUUUUUUUUUUUGCUCAGAUUGCUGUCACUGGCUUCUGGGGGAAAAAAAGUUGUGAAAAUUACAGUUUAGUCAGUUGUUUGGUCAACUGAUUGUUGAAAGUAUAGAGAAGUGUUUUUGUUUGUUUUUUGUUUUCUAUGCCCACAGUCACUGCUCUGUUUCUCCCCAGGUCUGACCUUGGCUGCGCUCUCGCUCUGUGAGGUUUGCAAGGAAUAAACUUUUUUUUUUCUUGCGA